UUCUGUUUUUGAAAUCAAUUAAAAUGUCAAACGAAUUAUUCAAUGAACUGUGAAUUCGCACCAGUGCACAGUAUAAAUAAUCUUUCCCCAAGCGGAGCCGUGCGCAAUCCAUCAUGGAGUAUUUACGGGGUUUGAAGAAAUAUCACUUUUUCCACUAUUCGGCGACUGACCCGCUGGAAGCCAGCAUGGACCUUACUGCCGGCAUCGAGACGUUCAACAAAUCUAUGGGAGUAUCGUUCUUUCGCCGUAAGCAUUCGUUCAUAAACUUUUUCUUCAUCUUCGGCAUCAGCAACUUGGUGCUGUAUGUGGUGAGCGUGCUGAAAUCGGCAUACGAGUCGCGGCACGACACUACGAAACUUAUCUACUGCAUUGCCACGUUCGGGUUUUGUUGUCAGGCCAUUAUGAAGAUUUACAGCUUCAUCAUAACUCGCCAGCGUGUAAUCGAUCUGUACGAGAACAAUCUGCGGUAUUAUCAGGACAUGACGGGCCAAAGCAACGCCGUCAAGCGUGUGCUGUGUGACAAUGCGAGCCUCAUCUAUAUCGUGAUCAAGGGGACUGUUUUAAUUUAUCUCAUACUGGUCAUCGCCACCAUGACCAUACCGGGGUUUUCGUCACUGUUUCUGGCGGACCGUAUACUACCGUUCGGAUUCGUAAUGCCCUUCUUCCGGGCGGACACACUGACGGGCUACAUAUGGAAUUACCUCAUCCAAGUGAUAAUGGCUACCUACUAUUGGAUCAUAACGGUCGGUUCGGAUAUUACCACGAUUUACAAUCUUAUCACCGCCAACGGACAGCUGGACGUGCUGAUGACGAUCAUCGGUGAGCUGGACGAGCAGCUGGAGCGGGGCGAGUGUCCGGAGAGGAUUCGUGAUAAAAUUAUUGAAAUCGUUCGGCAGCAUCAACAUCAUCGAUCGUAUUUGCAGCAGUUGGUAGACUUUUUGAACCCCUAUCACUUUGUAACGCUUGGCUCCACGGUGCCAACGAUGGUUAUUUCCGUACUCGGAUUGGUUCUGCUUGAUUGGUAUCCGGGUGCGGCGAUAGUGUUUCUUGGAUCUGUUCAAAUAUUUUACAUUUGUUUCCUUGGAACCAGUCUAGAAAUUAAGACCGAUGCUCUUACGCUGAAGGUCGGUGCUAUUCACUGGAACAAACUUUCUAUCCGAGACAUGAAGUACAUGAACUUGGUGCUGGCGAUGACUCAAAAACCAAAGAUGCUGGCCGUUGCCACGUUGCCAUUAAAUAUCACUGCAUUUCUGAAGAUUCAUAAGUUGAUCUAUUCCUUGAUCAUGAUGCUGGAAAAUACAAAGGAUUGAUUUACUUUUUUAUCA